GGCGUUGACUUUUUGUUGAUUAUAAAAUGUCAACAAACUAAACUGUUUUUAAAUUAAAAAAUAAAGAUACAAAAAAUACACCACAAUGAGUACAGACUUAGAAAAAAAUAAUUAUCCCAAAGCCUCAAAAUACUUGGUAAAUGGGGCACUGUUAACAUAUAUCGCCGGGAUGCUUUUGAUGAUUGCAUUUUGCAGUCCAUAUUGGGUCAAGUCAUACGAUGAAACUUUUUCCAAUUUUAAAAACAUGGGCCUGUGGGAGUAUUGCUUCCAAGAUUUUCGUUACCCCUAUUAUCAAUUUGACCAUCUCUUUAAUGGUUGUCAUCAUGUGUUUAGCCAGGAAUAUUAUGUCAUUAGAGAAUGGUUAUUACCGCCCUGGUUAAUGGCUGUGCAAGCUUUCGUUACUAUGUCCUUUUUACUCAGUUUUGGGUGUCAAGUAAUUAUGGCUAUGCAAUUGUGUAGGUGGCCUUUGGAGUUUGUUCUGAGAUAUGAAUGGAUUUUAUCAGGAAUUGACUUCAUUUGCGUAACAGCAACAGCUAUAUCAGUUAUCAAAUGA